ACACCUUUCGCGCUCGCAGAACCCACGCGCGGCCCGCAGCGAACUACACUUCCCGGCAGGACGCGGCGCGCGCACGCGCACGGGGGCCCUCCGCCAUGGCGACAGUGCUGUCCAGGGCGCUCAAGCUCCCCGGGAAGAAGAGCCCAGACCUCGGGGAGUACGACCCUCUCACCCAGGCUGACAGCGAUGAGAGCGAAGAUGAUCUUGUGCUUAACUUGCAGCAGAAGAACGGAGGGGUCAAAAACGGGAAGAGCGCCCUGGGAGACCUGCCGGAGCCGGACUCAGAUGCAGACGUGGCUGGGGCUGCAAAGCCACACCUUUCAGAAGCUGCCCCAGAAGGUUUCCCCUCAGAACCCCUCGGGGGUCUGGAGCAGAAGGCCACCUCUUCCCUGGUGUCCUAUGUGCGCACAUCUGUCUUCCUGCUGACUCUGGUGAUCUCAAUGGUCUUGGUACUCCUGUGUGCCUUCCUCAUCCCCUGUCCUCCCAGAGACCUGCAUAGCACUUGGAGCCGGCACCUGGGCUCCCAAGGAGGCGGGGACCUGUCUCCCCUGGAGCUGGCUGACGUGAAUAGAGAUGGCCUGCGAGACGUGCUUCUCUCCUUUGUGACAACCAGGAAUGGGACUGAAGGAGGUGGAGGCUCGCAACCAGCUGCAGAUCUUGUGUGCCUUUCGGGGAUGAAUGGCAGCACGCUGUGGUCCAGUCCCCUCCCGGAGGAGGCUCAAGAUGUCACAUGCUUGGACCUGAUGCCAGGAAGCAUGGCCAAAACCAUCUGCCUUGUGACAGGGACUCGAAAGCUGCUCAGCGCAUUCAAUGCAACGUCAGGGAAAGUCAUCUGGACUCUAAACCCAAACUAUCUGUCCAAUGGCACCUUGGCUGCCCCGGUUGUGGUGCUGCCAGACUUGGAUGAAGACGGAGUCAGAGAUCUGGUGGUGCUGGCCAUUGGAGAAUUGCAGCCAGAUCUGUGUUUUCUGCUGGUCUCUGGUAGGACAGGGAGUCCAGUGGGCCGACCUGUGAAGUACAACAUCGUGGGAGUAGGGAAUCUGAUUGGUCCCCAGGUUUACAUCACCGCCAGUGGGGCUGUCUACAUCCUGUUUGGCUUUGGAAACAUACAAGCUGUCGCCCUGCGGGACAUUUUUGUUCAGGCUCAGAAUCGGGACAGCUCACCACCCUCUCUGCAGAUAGAAGAGCCGGAAUGGGAGAAGCGCAGAUCUGUCAACCUUUCUGAGCUCAUUGAUGUUUACAGUGAUGGAGUUGAGCUUCUCCAGUUGGUGAAGGCACCAGAUUCCAACGGCAGCAGCCUCCUGAUCACAACCAGACAAGGCCUGGUCCUGCUUCGGGGACAAGACCUUACGCCUCACUGGAAACUGAGCCUUCAAGGCCUGCGCAGCCAGCCCACUCCUGGCUAUUUCACUGAUGACCAGACAUUGGACUUCCUUCUGCAGACACAGGAUGGAGUUGGGAUGAAAAAGAUGAUGGUGGUAGAUGGUGGUUCUGGCUCCAUUGUCUGGAGUCACAGUAUCCCAUGUCACAUGAAAGAAAUACCAACCACUUCUGCUAUUACCUCAGACCAGAAGUCUGUCUUCCUCUUCUGGGCAGAAGCACUGACUACUGCAUCUCUCAGUUCUGAUGAGAGCCCAGGAGCCGAGCCUCUGGGCCUUUACCACCUUUACCUCCUGCACCCAGCCUUCCCCUCUAUCCUCCUGGACCUGAGCAACACCACUGGCAUAGUGACAGCUUCAGAGGUUGGAAUCAAUGACAUCUGGAAGGACGCCUUUUAUGUCACCAGGACAACAGGGAUGAGCCCUGAAGGACACCCCACCUCCCUGGUGGUCAGCAAGCUUAGCCUGCGCUGGGCACUCAUGGAAGGCCAGAUGGUCCAGCUGACGGAGACCACUCCUAAAAUUGGCCGUGGGGAGCUUCGAAGAUUCCUCUCUAGGAUAAAGUUUGUUGAUUCUCCCUACCAGAUCUAGUGCGAUGGAGUCUUCAGACUCAGAAGGACCGUAUGGAGUGGCUCUUAACUGCUGUGUCAGUUCUCUGGAGAGAAGAUGACCCGAGGGUCAUGCAACACUUGGGAGAGCACGUGGGCAUUGUGUUGGAGCUGUGUGGUGCAGCCCGAUCUGCUUGGCUGGGCUAUCUCACGACCUUCCCAUCCCUGCACUAACCCCCUUCUCCUGGGAACUCUGUGUGGAUAGUUUGGAAAUGUGAAUCUUAUAGCUGUUAUUAUUUUUUUGUACCUCUAAUUUAUAAACCCUUGCUGGGAAAUCCAGUGGCCUACAAAGCAGGAUAUAUGUUGUUUUGCAUUAGGCCCCAUGUUUGUGUGUGUGUGUAUGUGCACGUGUGUGUCUGUGUCUUUGUGUGUCUCUAGUGUCGUAACAAUUUUUUUUGUGUGAUAUGCCCCAAGCUUCAGGGAUUCCAUUUCUUGUCCUUGUGAACUUCAUCUGGUUCAGCCAUCUUGAAGUGUAUGGAUGGCCUGCCUCUGACCCUGAGGGUCACACAGCACUGUCCUGUAUUCCCUCCGCCUGUACUGUGGGUUCCUUCUCAACUCUAGACAGCAGUGAGAAACACUGGAAGUUAAGAUGGGGCUAGUUAUCCAGUCUCUUCAUCUUUCUGUCUCAACUCUCCACCGGUGUUAAGUGGUCAUGAGAACAAAUGUGUUUCUAUCACAAAGAGAGCAAGGGAAAGAGUUUCCAUGGCUCCUCUGACCAGGUCCUUAUGUCAUGCCCUAUGAGCUUUUGAAGGCUCUGAAGCUAUGAUCUUGGAUUCUACAGUAACGGCAGAAGGGUUUGCAUGCAUGUUGUCCUCAGCUUAAGGGUUAGUCCCAUGGCCUUGUCCUGCUGCAGCUCCACUCUCUUGCUCUGAGUCUUCUCUGGGGCAUCUGCAUCUUCUCUUCCUCUCUUCCCCCGCUUCCUCUUCUAUUCAGGGAUCUGUUUCUGGACUUUUGCUUCUUGGGUCCAGUAUGCAACCACUCUUCCCUGUGUUCUUCGAAGCAUUACAUUCUGGUGUAAAUACUGUAACUUUUUAUAAUGAUCAAGUUCUUUAGAAUUAUCCCCAUCCUUUUCUUCCCCCUUCUAUGUAAAUAUGUGACCUCUUUGAACCUUCCAAAUGUCUGUGUCGUUGUCUGAUAUGCCAUGUGUUCUGGUGGCCAAUGAAAAUACAUAUCUUCUUGAGUGAAAACCAGAUUCCCUCCUCAGUUGGACUUGUACCUUUUUAGCUUGUAUAAGUAAAGAGAUCCCAGAAAACUAGCUUCUAGAUUGAAGGGGCUAUGAAUUGCUGACAGUAGGUGUUAUGGGGAACAGAAGUUAGUACUCAGUACAUCCUACAGAUUGGCCACACCAGCCUUGUUGGCACCUCUGCCAUAAGAUGCAAAAAGCAUUUUUGGAAGUUGUAUGGGACCAGGUUGACUUUGGAAGGGUAAGCAAUGAGUAGGAUACCUUAGAGUCUGAAGAUGAUUCUAGGUUCAUUUCUAGUAAGUUGAAUUUUUGCUAAUAAAAGGCUUAGGAGUCUAGUUUGGAUUAAAGACUUCUUAGGACCAAUUUAUAGUGGACCAACUUGUCAAAUGGGUGGUAGACCUAUAGCCUGGUCCAGCCCCUGUAGAUGUAGUGUGUUCUCUGCAGUGCUGAUGUUCUUCUUGGAGAAGACAGCCAGUGUGGGAAGGAUAAGAUCCAAAGAUGCUUAAUGGAGCCCUGUUUGGGUGGUGUUGCUUGGGCUGGAAGCUGUUUAUGCCGGUUGAGUCUUCGAUGAGAGAAAGCUAAAUAGUGUCACUGAUUCUCUUUGGUGUUUUGAUAAAUAACACCCUAAUUUGUCCUUAUUAGAAGAGUGAAUCACUUCCUUGCUAAAAGCAAUGGAAAUCCUAGGCUUACUUCCUGUUACAGCUGGUACAGAAUGGUAGCUAAGGGUUGAGACAGCUUCAUCUGGCCAAUGUGAGUGCUGGCCCUGUCAAAUGCCUCCCUAAGGUCCCCCACCUCCUUGCAGGCAACAACUCACCAGAUACCCAAGAUAGGAAGUGCUCAGUGUGGGGUGGCCCAAAAAACCAACCUGACCACUACUUGAAGUAAUGCCUCCUGCAAUGCAAGGGGGUGGCCCCCCUCCUCCCCGCCUCUUGCCUCUCCUCUCCUUUCCAAGCCCUCCCCAUCUGCCUGGCACAAUAUCCGCACCAGCCCUCAAACAUGUGGUGUGAUAACAAAUAACCCCAAGGAAUGUGAAUUGCUGUCCACGUUACCUGUGUUGAGGAGCCAGUGGAUCUGUUGCCAGAAAGCACCGUUUAAAAUGUGAACUGUUAUAGAACAAAUAAAUGCUGUGUAUGGGAAUA